AUGAGAAAAAAGAAAAAUAAUAAAGCAAAGGAAGUCAAAGAGUUUGUUAUGGAAGGUCUUAAGGAGAUUGCUAAAGAAGUGGUUUUUGAAGAAAAUAAUCAGGAAAACAAGGAAAGAAGGAAAAAGUCUGGAAGUACGAAAUGUGCUCAAACUAUGGAAGAUGAGCAGAAGAUACUGAAAGGCCAAGAAACAAAAAAAAAUCAGGAAAAAGAAACAAGGGAGUCUAAAAGCAAAAAGCAAAAUGUGGAGGAAGAGAAUAAAGAAACCAUAGAGGAGGAUACUCAGAAUAAUCAAGCUGAAGUAGAUGUUACCAAGGCUGUUGUAGAGGAUAUCAUAGAUGAAUCUGAGAGAAACAAGGAUAAGAAUUCUGAGACUGAUCUAGAAAUUCAAGUUCAGAACAACAAGUUCAUCCCCCUUUUAUUCCAAAAGAGGAGGGAAGAGAAAGGACAAGGGGAAAAUGAAGACAAUUUGUUGAUACAACAGAGUCGUUUGUUUGUCCUCCUCUAA